AUGUCCAAACGCCCCCGUAUGUCCCAGGCUCCCGAGAAGCCACCAUCCAGCGUGGAGCUGGAGAAAAGACGGCCAGGGCGGCCACGCAAAUCCAUAAGCCAAGCCACGAAGCCAGAUUUCUCCCAGACUCAGACACCGAGGCCAACGCCGUUAAGUGAGCAAAACCCCAACAUCAGUAGCAACGGCCAGAAGGAGGAUGCACCCUCCAGCACGAGUCCCGGCCAACGCCAAACUGGAACUGAAGCCCGUCCGGGUCGUCCCCGAAGCAUGCGCAGUCGGUCGCGGCCGCCACACCGGCAUUCAACAGGGCUUAAUAAUAGUUUCUCCGAGCAGGACCAGACACAGACACCGGAGGGUAGUCAACAGGACACCCCGCGCGGUGCAGAAGAUCCAGUGUCUUUUGAUCCAGAGACAGGCUCCGGGAAGGAAAACCCGCCGGGAAAGACAAAUGGUGCUCAUACUGAUGAUGGGAAUAAGCGUGAAGCGCAAGAAAAACGAAAGGCACAGGUUGCCGCGCGCGAUACGAUGGCACGCUUGGCCAUGCAGCGCGAAGAAGCCAUGGAAACGGAGGCUCGCUGA